AUCGGGAUGGAGUUUGGAAGUGGAGCUCAUUGCGUUGACCGUGGGCAAGUCACACUCUCUCAGCCCAGGGAGGGAGUCUGUGUGGGGAAACCGCCCCUGAAGGAAUCCAAGGAACUGUAGGAUGAGAUUGCCGCAACGGGGAGGCUCUUCACAACAACAUGCCACUGACAGGCCUGGAUUGCGUGGCUCAAAUCACAUAGUUGCAUAUGUUGCUUUGCAGAAGCGGUGCACACGGACCUCUCCAUCCAUAUCAUGGAGUUGGAAGAGACCCCAAAGAGGGCCAUCUAGUCCAACUCCCUUCUGCCUUCAUGCAGGAAAAGCACAAAGCAUUCCCUGACAGAUGGCCAUCCAGACCCUUGUUUGGAAGUGUCCAGGGAAAGGGCUUCCACCAGACCCUGAGGCAGAGAGUUCCACUGUUGAACAGCUCUUAACUUCUUGGAAUCUCCUUCCCUGUCAUUUGAACCCGUGACUCCGUUGAAUCCUAACCUCCUUAUGCCCUCUUUUCACAUGGGUAUCAUGGCUCUCAUAGAAUCGGAGGCUAAUAGAGUUGGAAGACAUCACAUGGGCCAUGUAGUCCAACCACCUUCUGCCUUCAAGCACAAUCAAAGCAUCCUUGACAGAUGGCUAUCCAGCCUCUGUUUAAAAGCCUCCGUCGGACUCUUGAGGCAGAGAGUUCCACUUGUUUUGUGUUGUUGUUGUUGUGUGCUUUCAAGUCGUUUCAGACUUAGGUUGACCCUGAGCGAGGGCCGGGUAAAUGACCUUGGAGGGCCGUAUUCGGCCCUCGGGCUGUAGUUUGAGCACCCCUGAUCUAAACAUUAGGAAGUUCAAGCGGAGUCUAAACAAUCCUCUCCCUGAGGACACCCUUUCACGUGACUCUCAUGUGUCCUCCUCACAGCCUUGUCUUCUGCAGGUCAACAUCCCCAGCUCUUUAAGACGCUCCUCAAGGGAUUGUUGACGGUCUCCAGACCUUUGCCCUCUUCCUCUGGACUCCUUCCAGCUCUGAGCCAAAGCCUCUCCUUCCUCCUUCCUCCCAGGGCAAUGAUUAACCGCAGGAUAGCGAGGGACGGGCCAAGGUCCAGUGCAGAUGGACAGUCCCAGUCCCUCCUCCUCCUCCUUUGAAGCAGAGUGGACGCCAUGCUGUCAGGCUUGGCUUCCUGGCUGCUCUCCUGUCUGCCCGCUUGGCCCGGCCUCGAGUGGGGCUCCCACUUGGUGGACGCCUUCCUCCAAGGGCUGGUGGGCGCCUGUGCCAUCUCCAUCCUCUGCAGCCUGAUGAAGGUCUACCUCUACAUCCAGUGCCUCAAUGACCCAGAGCGGCAGGCAGAGGAGGAGGCCCUGCGCUUGCGUCGUCCGCUCCUGGACCGGCUCCACCUCCCAGUGACGGCGGCCCUGCUGACGGUGGUGGGCUCCCGCGUGGCCGCCCUGGUGGUCCUCGAGUUCUCCCUCCGCGCUGUCUCCGCCCUCCUCUCCUUCGAGAAGGGUGCACCCUCCUCCUCUUCCUCCUCGCAGAUGCUGCUGCUGCUGUGCCAGUUCUCGCUGGGCUGCGGCAUCUCCUGCAGCCUGGGCUUCCUCCAGGAAGGGGCGCCCCACCGGAUGUGGAACUUGCUGCUGGCGGUGCUGCUGGCUGCCCUGCUUGCCCGCCUCUGCACCCGCCUGACCUUCCACGUCCUGGCCCUCUUCCGGCUCCACGCCGGCCAGCGCUACUGCGGUGCCUGUCUCUCGCUCCUGGCCACCUGGCACCGCAUCCCAGCCCUCCUGCGCCGUGCCCUGGCCGUCGCCUUCCUCGUGGCCGACCUCUGUGCCGUGGCCCUCAUCAACCGGGACUUCCUCACCACCGCCGAGGCCCUGCGCUUCUGGACCCCGCUCACCAUCUGCUACACCCUCCUCGUCAUCUACAUGCAAGAAGAGCAACGGCAGAACCCCUCUGAGCAGAUGGCCUUCCAGACGGUCUUUGUACGGAUGGGGGGCCUCCUGGUCCUGCUGAUGACGGUGGGGCGCUGGGCGGACAUCGCCAGCCUCCUGGUCUCCCUGGUGGGGGAGCUCUGGUGCCUCCUGCAGGCCAGGGCCAUGAUGGACAUCUGCCGCAAACAGGACUUCUCUCAGAGGUCGUCUCGCUCGCCUUCCUCCUCCCGGCGGCCCCCGAAGUGGCAUGAAGAGCAGCCCACCAAGUCCUAAAGCAGAGAGAUCCAGCGGAGGAGAUCCAGCGGGAUCUUGUGAUUGCGUCCCACCGGUGCGUUGGUUUGGAAGGGUCCAUUGUGUUGGCCCGUUGGGGGCACUGAAGGCCCUCCUCCGGGGAAGAAGCUGUGGAUUUGUUGACCUCUUGAGCAUCUGCUCAAAGGCACAGAAGCAAAAUAAGGAAGCGAGCUAGCUCAGUUGGCUCCAAAGCCUGGAGCGGCUCUUCUCUUUUAUUGCAGUCUACACUAUUUACAGGAGCAGGGUAAAAUACGUCCGUUCACUUUGCCAUACAUUGCCGGAAGCAGGAACGCAUGGUUAUCUGAUUCCUGUGGAAUGUAAACACGUCAGGCGCAGAAGAGCGGGCGACCUGGAAAGCCGCGCUUGGGCACCACGAGAUGCAGAAACGGGGCCACGACGUGGAGUCCACAACAUGUGAGUGCGGAGGAGAGCCAACCACAGACCAUUGACUACAACCUUCUCGCAGCCAAACCAGAGGCACUUGACAUGGUCAAAGGACAUUGAGUACAAUCCCAAGUUUGUAUUGAGAACUGUCUUCUCACUUCGCUUCCGACACCGUAAAUAAUAAAUAAUUUCUGAAAUUGUG